CCUACGAAUGCGAAUCUUCCUCGCGUCGUCCCUGCACAUUCCGCAACCACAUCCUUGAGCAACCCAAGAUGGCGCAGAAAGGAGACCAUCUGCUGCAACGACCGCUAUAUGUAUUCGAUCUUCCGGAGGAGUUACUGUCCACGAUAACACUCAAGAACCAAUCCGAACGGACAGUUCAAGAACCCCCACCAAGAAUACCUACACCCGGAAGCGAACCUCCCGAAACGCCAGAAUCCGAAGAUGGUGCUCCUGCGAAAGCGACUUCCUGCAACCUCUGCGGGCUGAGCUUCACCUCAGUGGUAGAACAACGAAACCAUGUCCGGUCCGACCUCCACGGAUACAACUUGAAGCAAAAGAUAAAGGGCCUCAAGCCAGUAGGGGAAGCAGACUUCGAGAAGCUCAUUGGGGAACUAGACGAGAGUAUUUCAGGCUCCGAGUCCUCUGAGUCGGAUGAAGAUGACGAGGAAGAGGCGGCAAACAAGCCGAAGGAGUCCACAUUAAGUGCGUUGCUGAAGAAGCAGGCGAAAAUAUCGAACCCAGAUUUUGACGAGUUCGCGUCGAAGAAGAAACAACGCGGAUCGGGGAAGCCCCCACUGUUCUGGUUCACCUCGCCCUCGUUGCCGGAAAAUAUGUCGCUGGGGUUAUAUCGCGCAAUAUUUUCGGAUGCUGAGCAAGAGGAAGGAGAGCAUAUUGUGGACACACUCCGACAUAAGCAGCUUCCCCCAACCCAGCCUCCGAAGGUCAAGUCGGAAGGGGGCGUGCCGCUACCAGGUGCAAACAUCGGGCCACACUACUUUCUCUGCAUGAUCGGUGGCGGGCAUUUCGCCGCUAUGAUUGUGGCGCUGGCACCAAAAAUGGGCAAGAAGCAUACGGGAGCGGAUGAGCGCUCGGCAACCGUCAUCGCACACAAAACUUUCCAUAGGUACACGACUCGACGGAAACAGGGUGGCUCCCAGUCAGCGAACGAUUCUGCAAAGGGCGCUGCGCAUUCGGCUGGUUCAUCACUACGCCGAUAUAAUGAAGCUGCGCUUACGAAUGAGGUACGCGAGCUGCUUCAGAGCUGGAAGACCAUGAUUGAUACCGCCGAUCUGCUCUUCAUUCGUGCUACAGGGAGUACGAACCGGCGCACCUUGUUUGGACCCUAUGAGGGCCAAGUGCUUCGGAACAAUGAUCCGCGAAAUCGGGGCUUUCCGUUCAGCACACGGCGAGCAACACAAAAGGAGCUUAUGCGGGCUUUUGUCGAGCUCACCCGGGUGAAGCAAAGCACUAUCGACGAAGCUGCUCUGGUCGCUCUGAAUGCGCCUCAACCAGACAGCAAGCCCGAAACACCAGCCCCGCCCAAGUCACCGAAGCCUCCGAAACUGUCGAAAGAAGAUGAGACGGCUGCUCUUCAUACUUCCCAAAUUACCUCCAUCAUCAAGCGAUCCAAGGUCCCUGCGCUCCUCAACUAUCUCAAGACGAACGACAUUCCACCCAAAUUCGCGUUCGUGCCGCCGAAUUAUCACACUCCAACACCACUGCAUCUCGCAGCCUCUCUAAACUCUGGACCUAUAGUCGCCGCACUCCUAACAAAAGCCGGGGCAGACCCAACAAUGAUGAACGACGACGCCCGCACACCAUUCAGCCUCGCCGGCGACCGCGCAACUCGCGAUGCCUUCCGCGUCGCACGCUCCGAGCUCGGCGAAUCCGCCUGGGACUGGGACAAAGCAGGCGUACCUUCCGCUCUCUCAAAGGCUGACUUAGAGAAGCGAGAAGCGCGCGAGAAGUCCGAGAAGGCUGCUGAAGACAAAGCGGAGGCGGAGAGGAGAAAAGCGGAGACAGAACGGCUAAGGAAGGAGAGUGAGGCUGAGGAAGCGAAGAGGAGGGAGAAGAGGGUCGGCAAAGGGAAGACAUUGGGUGUGCUGCCGGAAAAGACCGCUGCCGAUAAGAGAGAGGAGGAAAUGAGGGGGUUGACGCCGGAGGCUAGGGCGAGGAUGGAGAGGGAGAGGAGGGCUAGGGCGGCUGAGGAGCGGAUGAGGAGAUUGCAGGGGAAUUGAUUGAUUCUUGUCUGAGGUCGAGUUGUCACAUGGCUGGCCCAAUAAACACUAGAUCGCUAUAAAGCUAGACGUGUGGAAAAGUGGAUGAUUGACAUGCGAUCUAUCUUAUCAAUCAUGAGCUGAGCCGCCUCGCGAUGCCCUCCGGUACUUCAACGAGCAGC